AUUUAAUUGUCUGAAUAACAACGUGUUCAACUCCUUCAAUUGUCAACGCCCGAUUUUAAUUCAUCAUAACGCUUGACCACAAUUUAAAAAAAAAGUGAGAGAUUAACAUCAAAACGAAAAGAAAGAAAAACAAAAGAUCAAGUUUACAAUCGAAGUUCGAAACUUUUUCCCAAUCAUAUAACCAAUGUUAGUUUACCACAAUCAUUGAGAGCGAAUUACCUGAAGGAGGUUGACAUUCAUUCAAUAACCUGACAGAAUUUCAUAUUAAUUCAUCAAUAAUAUCGUAUUCAUAUUUUCCUCCAAAUUUACUUGGCUACCGAAAGUUAAUCCAGUUAACCAUCGGAGUCCAAUCCAAAGUCCAAGAAGCAAUUAUCAUGCUCAACGAAUGCAACUUUAAGUUAUCCACACAAUUUAAUCCAAUCAAUAUUCAUCUCAUUUCCAAUAAUGACAAUCAAAUGGUCAACAUGGUGUUAUCCUUAAAUUCAGAAUUUGUAUCGCAAAUCAAAUCAAUAAUGAUACAGUAACAAUCAAAUUGAUCUUUGAAGACGGAACCAUUUUGUAGUUAAAUAAUAAAUCUGUAGUUCAACUAUUGAUGGCGCUUGAAUGAGAUAAUUAAAGCAAUUAAAGAGGCUCCAAUAGUUAAAUUGUUUCUGUUAUUUCGCAAUCGUUUUUGUUUUAAUCGAGAGUUAAUUAAGGACUAAUUGUCAACUAAACAAUUAACUUUAAUAACCUGAGAAUCUAAUCAUCCUGAAGCAACAACGACACUAAAUGAAAGACAUUAAAUGAUUUUGGUUAACUGGUUUUGUUAUUCAAUCUACAUGACAUGACCUUGGCACUUUGAUGGAAACAAAGUGAACAAUUAAAUUUGAUUAUAAUACAAUUUCUCAUAAAAAAGUCAUGAUUAACACCUUAAGUUAAUUGUUUAACUAAUUUAUUGGUUUUUUAUUAUAAUUUAUCAAUUAUCUCGGUUAUAAAUUUAAACCUAAUCAAUUAGCUAAUUAGUUACUACCGGUUUCUUAUUUAUCUUGAUCUUUUUGAUCAAAACAAUUAAGAAUCAAUUAAUUAAUUUAUUGAUUAACUAAAAACGACUGGUGUUAAUUAACUAUUCAAACUAAUUGUUAUACUUACCUUAAUAAUGUGAGAAAUUGUUUAAUCUAGAUAAGGUUAACAGAUAUCAUUACAAUUAAUCAAAAAUUUAAACUCGAUUGAUUAUGAUUUAUGAAUCUAAUUAGUUAAUUAACCUUGUAGACAAUUAGAUAACAAUCAAAAACAUAACAAUUUCUGACAAUUGAACAAAAAAUUCAAUUUUAAAAGUACUGAUGAAAAAUUGUUAAUGAACAAUUUAAAUAAUCAAACUACUAUUUUUAACAAUCAAUUAAUUACCAAUCAUCAUCAACAAUUCAAUUGAAAUGAUAAAAUUAACACUAAAUCGCUGAUUGGGUUUUAAUUGCGUGACACUUAUUAGUUAAUUGUUUAUCAAUAAAACUCCCAGAGAAAACAAGGUUAAGAUGAACUUUUAUUUAUUAGAUUAAAAGUGAAUCAUUAACGUUAAACAAUUAACCAAAUUAAUCGAUACAAUUAACUAAUAUCGACACGAUAGUAAUUUAGUUAGGACAAAGAGAGGAAAAAACUUUCAUCAAAUGCAAAUGAACAAUAGAAAUCAACCUAACAAUUAAAAGUUUAUUUCGAUGUUUUCGCUUCCCUUACACAGUAAAUUGUUUGAUUUCUAAAUUUAAUUGUUCCAAAAAGAGGACAAUUAAGCUGAUCAAUGGCUCCGAGAAUUGAAAAUUUGGUCAAUUACUUUGGUUAUUUUCCAAUCUUUUUGGUCAACAUUUUGUCCCCCAAAAGCAACGGGUCAACAUUUCCAACACUAUUAUUGACCAUUUACCACAAUUUGAUUAAGUAUUUGUCCCUUGGAUUGUUAAUUUUAAUUGUUAUGGUAGCAUCACCUUUAAUUGAUUACACAUCAACUUUAAUCCGGUUAAGUGACGAGAGUAAUUAUCCAAUAUUUGCUUUAAUUGUGUUCAAUUUAAUCUCAAAUGUAUCAAGUUAUUUCAUCGCUGAUUAUAGUUGCCGAUCAAAAUCAUCGCUAAUGAAAUGGACUGAAAUUUUUCAGUUAAUAAAUCAAUCAACUAAAAUGUCAACAAAAAUUGACAAUAGUCCAGAUUUGGUACAAUCGUUAAUCCAAUUUACAAGAAAAGUGACCAUAAGUUGUAUCAUCUUUAUAAUAGGACGUAGUUUAAUGGUCAGUUUAAUUAUAUUAUCAAUCUACUUUCGUCGAGAAUCAACUUUAUCAUUAACAAUUUACGGUAACAAUCAGCUGAUUGAAACAAUUUUCUCAAUCAUAAUUAUCGUUUACAUGAUAACAUUUUCAAGUCUCGAUCAUGUAAACUCCCAUUUAUUUGAUAUAAUGGUUGAGUAUUUUGUCCAAAAGUUUCGAGUGAUUAACGAUCAGAUCGCAACGAUUGUCAAAUCAGGCAAACAACAAUUAACAACAAUUAACACCAGCAACAUUGAUACAAUGGCAAUAAACGACAAUCAAGCCAAAUCAUUACACGAAACUGAAUUAAGAUCAAUCCUUGACCAACACGAUACCCUUAAGGUCAACCUAAAGUUAUAUGAUAAAUACUGGGCAUCAAUUAACGUAAUUACCUUGUUAAUUAAACCAUUGGUUUGCCUUUUCUGUGUUUAUCAAUUAACUUUCCGAGUCCAAACAAUUGAGACAAUCAUUUUCCUGUGGUUGAAUCUAUUUGAGGCCAUUUAUUUAUUCACAAGGAUGUUUACAUCAGGAACCAACGUUUCCGAUGAGAUUGAUGCUGUUGCUGCUAAUGGAUUACGAUUAAUUUUAUUCAACUAUUCAAUUCCAGUACUUCAAAGGCUUCAACUAUUUAAUCAACAUAUUAUGUUCACCGAGAUUGGAUUCAGUUGUGGUGGUUUAUUUACAUUUACACUUGAUUCAGUUCUAGAUGCUUUCAUUGAGUUGACUCAAGAUUUCCUGUUGACUCUUGAUUUUGUGAUUACCGUUAGACAAGCAAGGUUACAAUUAAUUAAAUAGAUCACAAUUAAUACCAUUAACCACCCACUGAUUUUGUUAAUCAACAUUAUGGAUCAACAAUUUAACAAUUGCUUAAUCAAGAUUAUAUUGAAUUACAUAUGAAACUAUUGAAAAAUCCUUGAGCAAAUCAGUUAUAACAAUCAAUCAAUUUGAUUCCUCAUUAGUUAAUCGUUACCUUAAUCAUUAAUUUACCUUUUAGUUGAUUGUGCAAAUCAUUUGAUAAACAAGUUCACAAUUAAUCAUAAAUAAGUUACAUUGAAAGCUAAUUGUCAGCUUAAUUUGUGUAGGUUGAGUUAUUAAUUAACAAGAAUCCUUGAUAAUAAUUUAGUCUGUUUGUUUUUUAUUUUGCUCCUUUUAAAUUUUGCAAUUAAAUUAAUUGUUUCAAUCAUAAAUCCUCAUCUCUUCAAUUUCAAUUGGCAGUUCAACAAUUAACUGAACACUAAUCUUUAAAUCACUUGC